UGGUUUUAGAUUUUUUAUUAUUUUUAAUAUUUUGCAAAUUCUAAACGUUAAAAUGUAUUAAAAAUAAUAAUAUUGAUGUGAAUAAUAUUUUGAAUACGUUUCAUAUCUUGAUAAAGACUGUAUAAGAUAUUAGUUUAUAUUUUUGUUCGAGUAACUAUACGACUAAACACUUUGUUGUGUUGUUAUGUAUGCGGUAUACGCAUUGUGUAGUAACGCUGUUUUUGCAAUUUUAAUCGAUAUUUGCAGCUGGAAUAUUGCAUUAAAUUCAUUAAAAUAUGGCUGCAGAUGUCAGUGUACCAAAGCACCAUGUGAAGCAAGAAUAUUGCGACGUAAGGCCGAAAUACAGGCGUGGAAAAAAGCGAACAUCUGUACGAGUUUUUACCGUUAAUUCCGAAUCAACCUAUCUCGUCGUAGCUAACGUUCCAGCUACGAAGCUUGAAAAAGAUCUUUUAAAACUGUUUUCUAUAUACGGCACCAUCGUAAAAUGUGAAGAAUUAAAAGAUUACCCAAAGGAAGAAUUUACGCAAGUUUUUCUGAUAAAAUAUGACGAUAUACAAAGAGCAAAAACUGCGAAAAAAUCUCUUGACGAACAUUAUUUUUUUGGAGCUAUGCUCCAUGUAUGUUAUGCUCCAGAAUACGAAGCAGCUGCAGAAACAAGACAUAAAAUCCGUCAUCGUCGUUUUUCCGUCGUUUCGAGAAUUAAAUUUUUGGAAAAAGAGCGUCCUGGAAGUUCAAAAAAUUCAAAAGUAAAACAAAAAUAUGAAGUGAAGAAAAAUACGAAAAAAAUGGAACCAUCAAUUACUAAUUCAAAAUUUAAACAAAAUUCAACAAAUUCAACUUUUGAAGAAAAUUCAACUGUUCAACAAAAUUCAAGGUUUCAACAAAAUUCAGACUUUUCCACAAACCCAGCCUUUUCAGCACCCCCGUGCCAUUUAAACGGGCACAAUAUAAUUGGCCCAUGUUACCCUAUCAAUCAUAACUACCACCCUUCCCAGCCUCAAUGUAGCAACAGUGCAAUUCCUCUCUUCUUGCCACCUCCUCCCCCACCUAACAAUUUCAAGAUUUCGAAAAAGUUUAACCCACUUCAUCAACAAAAUACAGAUCAUUUUGAACCAAGAAUUAAAAAAGGAAGAUUAAACCAAGAUUUAAUUGAAGAAAAUCCAAUAAAAGUUGAUCAUUCAACUUCACAAAAAAUUAUAAAAUUGAUUCCCAAAAAACCUAAAGCAGAAUUUAAAACCAAACCUGGGUAUUUUCACCAAAAAAUUCAAACAAAAUCAAGUUUUGACACUAAUGGUAUAAAAGUAUCCCACACUGACAAAAUUAAUGAUAAACCAGAUAAAAAUUCUGUUCAAAAUCUUCGUACAGUUUUACCCCCCGUUAUAAAACCUCCAUUUUUGCCACGGCAUUUUGAGUUAAAAAAUAUUGAAGAAAUAAAUAAAGUGGAUUUGGAUGAAAAAGGAAAUAUCCCGUUAUUGGGAAGCUUUCUGCUUGAAAAAAGAAAACCAUCUUAGUUUUAUUUAUUUUUUUUCUAUUUCUUUAGCUUUCUUUAUCACUGUUACUGUUUUAUAUAUUUCUUGACUUUUUUCGUACAUUUAUUCAAUUUGGUUUUGGCAUAGGUGUUACGUUAGUGGUGCCUGGGGUGUCAUCUUACCCCAAAUUUUAAAACAGGUUGAAAUCAUGUUUUUAGCACCCAAAUAUUACACCUUAAAACAGAUUUUCCAACAUUCUCUAUAUUAAUUAAUAAGAUACUUGUUGAAUAAGUAUAUGUUUAACUGCAUUUUAACAAAGCCAUCCCAGGUUUUCCAAAACGUCUUGCCUUUGUUUUUUUAUGCUUAUGGUUAAGUUUAAUGGUAGACUUUUAGGUUUCAAGCAAUACAAGUGCUAAGUUUAUAACACCUAUACUUUUACUGAAGAGAAUUUAUCCGUUGUACAACUACAUUCUUUCCCACAGAA